AUGGAUAGAUGGUGCUCAAAACAAGAUAAAUUAGGUUUACAAAAGGAGUCUAGCCUAAAUGGGCUGUGUCAUUGCUGUGGAGAAGAUUCGAGUACAGAUCAUUCAGCAGGUGAUUAUGAGUGCACAGAUUGCAAUAAAAAAUUUCAGUUUAGCAAAAAUUUGAAAUUACACAAGCAAUUGAUUCACGAAGAAGAAGGGCCAUACAUUUGUCCAGAAUGUUCAUUGGAAUGUGAAAAUCAAAGUGCUAUGUCCAAUCAUUUAUAUACACACAAUAACUCGAAACCUUGGUCUUGCGAAAGGUGUAAUGUUACUUUUACUAGAAAAUAUCAUUUGGACAGACACAUUCUUCAAACUGGAUGUGAUGGGGUUUCUAGGCCCACUUACAGUUGUCAAGUUUGCGGUCGUAAUUUCAAUCGAAAAGAUAAUUUGAGAGAACAUUUAAGAGCUCAUGCUGGAGUGAAUAAACGCCUUAAUGUUUAUCAAUGUGAAUACUGUGACCAAGAAAUUUUGGGCGCUCAUUUAUACAGUAGGCACAAGAAAGAACAUUUUGGUAACAAACCAUAUCCCUGUUCAUUUUGCAACAAACGUUUUAGAACAAGUGGUGCACAAAAAAAACAUAUUCGAAGACACACAGGAGAAAAACCUUAUGAAUGUAAUGAAUGUUUUACUAAAUUUGCUGCAAAGGAAACUUUGAAUCGUCAUCGUAAAUUACACACGGGAGUUCGUCCAUUUACGUGCAAGUAUUGCGGCAAAGGUUUUAUUCAAGCUUCACAAUUAAGAGCCCAUGUUUUUUAUCACACAGGCGAGUAUGGUUUUAAGUGUGAUGAAUGUGAUAAAUCGUUCAAUCGAAAAACCAGAUUGGAUACACACAAAAAAUAUUUUCACGAUGGAGCCGAACCCAUGAAAUGUGAACAUUGUGAUAGACAUUUCAUAAGAAAAGAGGAUCUUGCUAGACACACAUUGACUCACACAGGUGUUAAAGCUUUUCAGUGUAACAUAUGUUCGAAAGGUUUUUCAAUGAAAUCAUCAUUGAAAAUUCAUCUUUUAACUCAUACUAAAGAACCACCGAGAGCUUGCAACUACUGUAACAGAGCUUUUAUCAGACAAGAUUGUCUGUUACGUCACAUGCGUGCAAAGCAUCGUGAUAAAUUAGAAGAAAUUCUUGUGGAGGCAGAAAAGAAAAAAUUACAAUUACAGUUGUGGACCAUCACGAAUGAAGUAAAAAAACCUGAUAGUAAUGUACCAGCCUCCCAAUUGAAAAACAAUAAUUCAUCAUUUCCCGAAGCCGUUUCGGAAUUGUUAAAACUUUUGGUUGAUGAAGAGACUUUGAAAAGUUUCGGUGCUCCAGAUUCACCGAUUGAUAAAAUUCUGGAUUUAGUUAUCAAAAGAUGCGGACAUCAACCAGUGGAGAAUCCGGAUUUGUCUGAAUUGGAUAGACUUCGUGAAAAUGCAAAAUUGCUUUUCACUGUUGUUAUUGAUGAUACUGCAGUUAAAACGUUAUUGAAUAAUCAAUCGGUUGAUGAAGUUAUUUCGCAUGUUUUAACAUUAGCAAAAUCAUAA